UUUUCUCCAAUCUGAAAAGAUGCAAACAAGCUUUUUCGUUGAUCAUGAUUUUUCCUUCCUCCCGACGCUGAGCUCGAAAGAUGAGCCGGGCAUAGACUGACGACCCCCAUGGCUCCUAGCUCACCUCAGGGCAUAAGGUAUCGUGAGAAAGGGGUUUGGUGACAUUGACGUCGGGAACAUGGACUGUUGUCAAUUUGGGGGUUCUCAUUUGAGAGAAGUCUUCUAAUGAAACGACAGGCAAAGGAACAACAUCGCAGGGAGGAUGACGGCAUUCAUAACCAGCUGGUAACCAUUAAGAAAGUUCACCAAGACGGGCAUGGCCUUAGUCCCCGGCUUGGGACGACUAGCUCCCACUGACUGCUGGGUUAGCUCAGUAUCUUAGACUAACAUCGGUUCCAGUUGGGAUUAACCAAAAUUGCUAAGAGAUGUUAGUCGGCCACGAGCUCACUUGACGUUGAGUAAUCACCAAACGCUCUUUGCGACUUCAGAUCAUUGAGGACAGCAUAAGACUCCUGUCCGUUUGUCAUCCUUGGACUAUCCAUCUCAAUCGCCGAUAACGUGUACUGUCGCACUGGCAUUACUCAGCACGUCCGUCAGCGAGGCUUGAGGAACACAGAGAAAGGUCCAUGCCACAGAAGCCACUCAUAUACUAAGCACCCCUGGCCCGAACCCCAACAACUGCAAAGAGACCCUUGUAGGGAUACUGCCGGCUGACCAACGCCCACUUCCAAUAGUUGGGACGAGAUUGUCGCCAGCUCUUGACCUGGACAGAUCUGUUGCCUCUUUUAGCAUUGUGGUUUUGGAAGGGCGGUACUACGAAUUUUCAGGGAAUUGAUCACUUCCCCGAGGCUGGUUUUAACCUGUUCUGCGACAACGCAGUGAAUAUCUCACAUAUUGAACACCACUUAUAAGUCGCCAGGCAGCAAAGAAACUUCUCGUUACACCGUGGGUCAAGGCUACACGUCCACGGACAACUGGUUCCAAGACAGCUGGGGUCCUGGACACAGACGUUUAUUGUGUCCUGAUGCGCCGAGGACACGGCCGAACAUAUGUCUGAAACGACUACCGAGGAAGACGAAGAGGUCCACCCAAUGCGGUACUCGCAAGGCGACCUCGCCAUCCUCAGCGCCGAGGUCUACAACCCGGGCUUUUCCUACAACACAUCUACCAAGGCACAAGUGUCAAAGAAGGGACGCCCUGCGGCAUCAAAUUCGGAUACCGGUCCGAGGAAACGUGCAAAGACCCAGGCGACCGAGACAGAGAAUGAACCAGAAGAAAAGAAGCGGUCAAGAGGGCGACCGCGCCUGGACGUGAAGGAUGUGUCACCCAAAGACCGCCGAAGAACACAGGUGCGCCUCGCUCAGCGGGCCUAUCGCAACCGAAAGGAAGAGGCUAUUCAGACUCUCGAAAAGCAAGUCCAGGAGCUUAAGGAGAAGAACCAGGAGAUGAACAAUGCCUUUCUACGGCUGUCCGAUUUCGCAACGAGUAUGGGCUUCUUGGAGCAGUUACCAGAACUUAGACACCAGCUGCGCCUGACAACCGAGAGAUUCCUGUCGCUGGCCAAAAGCACUACUGGCCAAGAAGGGAACAGCGGCCAACAGGCUUCUACUUCUAGUGACGGCUCGUCAUCCCGAGACAGGUCGGAAAGCGCACCAGCCGACCCCCAGAUCCCAUCAACAGUCGCCGAUAGGCCACCACAACAACAAACACAAUUGUAUGGCGGGCUCAUGGUCAGCCAUGAAUCGGCUAGCCAGCCGACCAGCACUGUGUCCGCUCUCCCCCAUGACUUUGGACAGUCCAUGCCGUCAUCGGCUCUUGGCUACGAAAUUGUCACGCACCCAACCCUCACCAACGCUAGCUUUCCGUUCCAGACAGCUCCAGACUUGACCUUCCUAGACCAGUUCACCACACCAGGUCUCCACUGCUCUCUCCCAGCCCCCCGGUCUUACGCCCCUCACGAGAUCACAUUCGGCCGAAGACUCCAACGAUUCGCCAUCGAGAAAGCUCUCGUCCUCAUCUCCAUGCCGGACCCCCCUGAGAACCGGAUCACCCGUGUCUUUGGCUUUUGUCUCCUGUUCGAAACACCCGACCUCAUCAAGCGCCGUCUCGCCAGACAAGUAGCCCGCAACGCGCAAGACACCCUUCACAACUGGCAGUUUCCCUUCCACCACCUCGGCGGCGCCGGCACACACUACGAUGUCACCACGGGAAUCACCUCGCAGCGAAUCGGCAACCAGGGCACAAGCGAUGUUCUCAAACCAGCCAACACAUCCGGCUUCGCGACCGGUCCAUUCAGCCCAGAAGUGAACCGGAUACGAGACAAUGCCUUGGACAAAAACAUGCGGAUAGAAACCCCUGGAUUCGGAGGGGACUUGCUCGACCCGGAUGAGGUGGAGAUAUAUCUCCAGGAAAGGGGCGUUAUUAUUCCUUCCGGGGCAGACUUCAUCACGGCUGAGGUUGACCCAACGGCAUUUGACACACCAGAGUCGGGGAAGUAUCUAUUUAAGAGUGCGCCGGGGGCACACCCGGAGUUUUCGUCACUUUCGAGUCCUUUGACGGCGGGGCGUGCUUCCCGACCGCCGAUGCCGAGUAGUAAUGCCUUUGGAGAUCAGCCGCCAGAGUCAGGCUGGGGGGAUCACAUGACUAGCGGGGGAAACUUCAAGAUUGAUUCGCUGGGAAGCUUCUCACAGGCCCGUUCAUACACAAUGGGCGUGCCGUCAACGUCUCAUGAUGCUGAGUUGAGAAAUUUGUUUGCUUUUUCGGGGGGUAUGGAGAGCAAUGGUGGUUUUGGGGAGGGGUCACAGCACCAACAGUCACCGCCGAGACAGAGGGUAACGGUUGAUGUUCAUCAGUUUAUUAAGGGAAUGGUAAGCAAUGCCACCUGUUUAGGUCGAACACCUGGGUUCAGGCAGGAGCACAUAAAUGCAGCGUUUUGGCUGGCAGUGCAGAGUUAGUUGAUAAGCACGUUUGUAUCAUAGUAUGGAACAGGCAACCAUGAACCCAUGGUAUAUCUUCUGUUAUAUACAACAUGAGGCCAUCCAACUUGUCCUCUUCAUA